UGAAACCUCAGGAGAUUGGAACAAAGGGAAAUAAAUCCCCUUCUCUCUUUUGACCCCUUGAACCUGAAAAAGCCAAUUCCAUUUCUCCGAAGUGCCGGAGCUUCUCCUACUUCCUGACCUCUGAGCGUUGGUGUUGCUUUGCUCUGUAGACGAUGGGAAGGGGAAAAUUCAAGAGCAAGCCCACUGGCCGCCGCCAGUUCUCUACGCCCGAAGACCUUGCGGCUGGUACAUCUAACCGUCCACGGACUUUUAGAAAGAAAGAGGAAGAGGAGGAGGAAGUUGAGGAAGCAUCUGAGGAAGAAUCUGAAGAAGAAUCCGAUGAGGGAAGUACGCAAAAGACAAAAGGAACCCAAGGUAUUAUUGAGAUUGAAAAUCCUAAUCUGGUAAAGCCAAAGAGCCUGAAAGCUAAAGACGUUGAUGUGGGGAAGACAUCUGAGCUUUCAAGGCGAGAAAGAGAGGAGCUGGAGAAACAGAGAGCUCAUGAACGUUAUAUGAGGUUGCAAGAGCAAGGGAAAACUGAACAAGCAAGGAAAGAUUUAGAGCGUUUGGCUCUUAUACGUCAACAAAGGGCAGACGCUGCCAAAAAACGAGAGGAAGAAAAAGCUGCCAAAGAACAAAAGAAGGCUGAAGCGCGCAAGUGAAUUUCAUGGUGAUGUGCUGGUGGCCAUGUGGCCUAGUUUUACUACAAACCAGUGGGAAGAAUAUAUGCUGUCUUUACAUUGUUAGUUUUGAUGGAUGUCAGUAUUCCAAGUUGUUAUCAUAGUAUGCAAUUAUUUCUUCCUCUUGUUGGCUGAGAAUCUUGAUCAUAAUAUCUUUCACUAACUACACCUGGCUAAGGGAGGGAAUUCCAUUUAACUUCUUUCGGUAGGCUUUUUACAUUUUUAACUUCGUGAGUAACAGCCUUAUUACCGAUCAGUGCUUUUUGAAUGGCC